AACAAAGUGAUAAUCGACGUACGCCGCUUUGUUUAUUAAUAAAGUGAUGGUUUCAUUUAUUUUACGGACAUUUUAAAAACGUUUGUUACUUCGUGUGAACUAUUUAUUGGCCGGUGUGUUUAGUGAAGUUGUAAUUAUGUUGGGAAAAAACGCGAAACUAUUUUUCGGUGUGUCAAUGUGUGUGUUGAUUGCUGCCAUCGCGUUAGCAGCUUGGGGAUUUCCAAAGAUAGUCCAGAACCAAAUAAAUAAGAAUUUGCGGCUGGAGAACUCGUCGGCCAUGUUUGAAAAAUGGCGCGUCAUACCAGUGCCGCUGUCGUUUAAAGUUUACGUGUUCAACGUCUCUAAUGCCGAAGAGGUCAACGAAGGCGCGAAGCCGAUCCUGAACGAAAUAGGCCCCUAUGUUUAUAAAGAAUACAGAGAGAGGAGGAUUCUUAGCUACGGAGAAAAUGACACAAUCAGAUACAUGCUGAAGAAAACAUUCUACUUCGACAAGGAAGCGUCAGGAGUUCUGACACAAGAUGACGAAGUCACUGUCAUCAACUAUUCAUACAUGGCUGCUCUGCUGACAGUCAACGACUUGAUGCCCAGUGCCGUGGGCCUGGUCAAUAUAGCCCUCGGCAGCUUCUUCAGCAACCUCACCGACCCGUUCCUGAGGGUCAAAGUGCGAGACCUGUUCUUCGACGGCAUCUUUCUGAACUGUGUUGGAGAAGCGUCAGCUUUGAGCUUGGUGUGUGGAAAAAUUAAGGCAGAUAAACAACCAAACAUGCGACUCGCAGAUGACGGCAACGGGUUUUAUUUCUCGAUGUUUAACCACCUCAACACAACAGAAAUCGGUCCGUUUGACAUGGUCCGCGGCACUGAGGACAUCCAAGAGCUGGGUCACAUUGUGGCCUACAGCGGUGCGGCGAGCAUGAAGCACUGGGGAGACCCCUACUGUGGCCAGAUCAACGGUUCCGAUGGCUCGAUAUUCCCUCCACUGAACCAAAUUGUACCUGAGAGGAUUUACACUUUCGAACCGGAAAUAUGCAGAUCUCUGUACGUGAACCUGGUCGGUGAGAGGAAUAUCUUCAACAUCAGCACUUACCUGUAUGAAAUCGACGAAAGUGCCUUGGCGUCGAAACUCGCAAACCCUAACAACAAGUGCUUCUGCAAGAAAAAUUGGAGUGCAAACCACGACGGCUGUCUUCUGAUGGGACUCCUGAACCUGGGCCCAUGCAAGGGGGCGCCCGCUAUCGCGUCACUGCCCCACUUCUACCUCGGCUCCGAGGAGUUGCUAGAGUACUUUGACGGUGGUAUUAGCCCGGAUAAGGAAAAACACAAAAGCUUCGUGUAUCUAGAUGCAACCACGGGUGUAGUACUGAAAGGCGUCCAGCGUCUCCAAUUCAAUAUUGAGCUACGUAAUAUGAAGGCCGUGCCACAGCUAGAGAAUGUACAGACUGGUGUGUUCCCGAUGCUAUGGAUUGAGGAGGGUGCGGAAAUACCAGCAGAUCUCCGCCAGGAGUUGCAGCAAGCGCACACUUUACUCGGCUACGUGGAAGCCAUCCGCUGGGCUAUCCUCGGCUUGGCUAUCAUCGUCUGCGUGGCCAGCGCGUGGUGCGUGAGUCGCUCUGGGGGCAUGUCACUGUGCGCGCGCCAACACAAUAGCGUCAGCUUCAUAUUGACGCCGGGGCACCAUUUUGAUGGAAAUAAAGGGCAGUAGUUUUAAGUGA